GUAUGGGCUUGUGCAUGUGUGCUGCGUGGAAUUACUGGUAACAGUGAGGAUAAGAGAUGAGUCCAGGUGAGAGCGGGUGACAACAAGACACGAGCACCUGGACUUUGGUUUAACAACAGUCGGGCUUGCUAUAAAAGCUACAGAACCUCACCUGCUGAACACAAGCUCUUCCAAGAGGAGACACUCAGGUCUAACAGCCAUGAAAGUCCUUGCUGUGCUCGUCUUAGCCCUUUUCGGUGGCUGCCAGGCCAACCUUUUCUAUGCUGAUGCACCCAAGCCCCAGCUGGAAGUGCUGACUGAUGCCUUCUGGGACUACGUUGCCAAGGCCACCCAGACAGCUGAUGACACCCUCCAGGUGAUCAGGAAAUCACAGUUUGGACAGGAUGUUAGCGCACGUCUGACAGAGAGCGCUGAUGUGGCCAACAGGUAUGCAGUCAGCAUCCAGGAGCAGUUUUCCCCUGCAACCCAGGAACUGAUCAACAAAGUCGCCACAGAGGCUGAUGUGCUGAGAGAGCGUGUGACUACGGAGCUGGGCUCAGUCAAGGAUAGGCUGGGGCCCUACACCGAGGACAUGAGGGCCCAGAUCCAGCAGAGAGUGGAGCAGCUCAAACAGGAGCUGACCCCCCUCGCAGACUCCAUGGAUGCUGAGGCCCUGAGGGCCACCCUGACGCAGAGGAGCGAGGAGCUUAAGGCCAGCCUGGAGCAGAGCGUGAAGGACCUGCAAGCUCAGCUGGGGCCCUACAGCGAAGAAAUGCAGACAAAAGUGGACCAGCACCUGCAGGACUUCAAGGAGAAGAUUAUGCCCCUGACCGAGAAGGUCCAAGGUGAGCUGACUCAGAGAGCCAAGCAGGUGAAAGACAUGGCCACACCCUACGUUGAUGAGCUGAGGGAAAAGCUGGACCCCUACACUCAGGACCUCCAGGCCCAGCUGAUGUCCCUCUACGAGUCCUUUGUCAAAGCCAACUAAGUCGACCUCCACCUCCACAACAGAAAAAAACUGCAUCUUAAAAAAUUCGCUGAUCCCAGCAAAAUGUAUGCUUUAACAAUAUUUAAAAAAAUUUUUUUUUGAAAACUGCAAGUGUCUUUAGAUAUAUUUGAAUUAUUAAAAUGAUGUAUUAAAGAUAAAUGAGAAACACUGAGUGUUGG